GCUGUUACCGUUCGUGUCUCACUGUCCUCCGUUAUGGUGUAGUGUAGGAAGUGGAUGUCUUUAAUUUGUCUGUGACAUAGGUUUUUUAGCCAGUGUUUUCUCCUGGUGCGUGAAAAUUUGACAUUACGGAAAGAUAUCUAGUGAGGAAUAAAAGGAUCAUUCUGGAACUACUAGCGUAACAAUAUCCGGGCAUAACGGUAUACGCUGAGAUAUACAGCAGCAGGUUUCAGUUCGGGGAGAAGCAGAUAUACGCAUCAGAAACCAACAACGGAUGCUUUUCGUCUUCGUCUCCGCUAACGCGACACUCAAAGGAUCGUCGUGGGUUCAGGGUUUUUUUUUUGUUCAUUUAGAGGAACCCAAAUAGUCUGAGCACCGGUGUUAAUACGGUGAAAGGCUUGACAUAGGAAUUAUCCGCCACGAAGAAGUGAUCACAUCAUUUCUGAGGGAUGUCCACCCCUGCCAGAAGGAGGCUCAUGAGGGACUUCAAAAGAUUACAAGAAGACCCACCGACUGGAGUUUCUGGCGCACCAACAGAUAACAAUAUCAUGAUAUGGAAUGCAGUAAUUUUUGGACCACAUGACACUCCUUUUGAGGAUGGAACAUUUAAACUUACCAUAGAGUUUACGGAGGAGUACCCAAAUAAGCCACCCACUGUGAGAUUCGUUAGUAAGAUGUUCCAUCCUAACGUGUAUGCAGAUGGAGGCAUCUGUCUUGACAUAUUGCAGAACCGUUGGAGUCCGACAUACGACGUAUCUGCCAUCCUGACAUCCAUACAGUCUCUCUUGGAUGAGCCGAAUCCCAACUCUCCAGCAAAUUCAUUAGCUGCGCAAUUGUACCAGGACAAUAAACGGGAAUAUGAAAAGCGGGUGGCUACAAUUGUUGAGCAAUCUUGGCUCAACUUCCAGGAAAGUCAUACGGAGGAUCCACGCUGACAUUAGGUGAUACACAUUCACGUGUAAUUUGAUUGACUUCUAUUUCUAUAAUUAUUUGCAAAGUGAACUCUAGCAAUUAACGACGUCACAGCUUAACGAGGCAGCGCAAGUGUAGAAAUUUUUUCGUCUGCAAACUAAAGUUGUUGCUGCUUAUUUACAACAGGAUGAAUAAUUUUCUGUCCAAUACCAAAUAAUUUCUCUUUCAAAAUUCUUGCGAUAUGGCACUACCAUAACGUCCGUUCAAAAAGUACAAAGAUCAGAAUCAUUGCUUUCGAUUUUUUUUCAGAUCAUAUCCUCUUGUGAAUUUGAAAAAAAUGAAUAAUUUUAAUAAUAUUCCCCCCUAUGGAAGAAAUCCUAUCUCUUUGAAUUGGUGAUCAGCUAAGCUUCCUAGCUUCAAGGUAUUCCAAAAACAGGUACGAUAAAAUUCAUGAGACUCAAUUCACUGACGAAUACUUGUGCAGGUAAUAUUAAAAGAUAAUUGUAUCCAAUAUAAAGAUAAAACUGGAUUUUAUUAUCAUUUGUGAAUGUUACAAAUAUAGUACGGACCUUAGACUAUACUUAAUAAGAAAUUCUGUAAUCGGAACAAAUGUAAUGAAAUAAAAUGAUUACCUGGAUUAUUCAGGUUACGCAUUUAA